CUGAUAUUCUUACAUCCACCGAGUGCGAAGCACAACGUGCAGGAAUAUCACAUGGAGUGUAGACGAGUAGAUAUUUGGAAUUAUUGAUCUCGAAUUGAACUUAGCUCUCCGAUCCAAUGGAACUAUGCGGCGGGUCACCAUUAUGGAACGAGACGUUGCUGUGGGAGAACACAUGGCCCGAGUUCACUUCCUGUUUCCAGGACACGGUGCUGGUGUUUGUCCCCUGCGGCUGGCUGUGGAUCACCCUUCUGCCUUACCUCGUCUAUCUGCUCAAGUUUGCUCCGGGGCUGCCUCUACCGACGUCAAGUCUUAGUGUGGCAAAACCUAGCCUGUGUCUGGUGCUGGUGGGGUUCGAGGUGGUCAAAGUGUUUGCUGCCACGGGGUCUGACGUCCACACACCCCCCUACACCGUCAUGUUCUACCUAGCACGGUCACUCGAGGCCGUCACAUACUUGCUGGCGGCCAUGUUGUCCCUCGUCUGCACAACCCAUGGCGUCACAACCUCCAGCAUCCUCUUCCUGUUCUGGCUGCAGCUGAGCGUGGCCGACAUCAUCCCCGUCUACUCCUACUUCAUACAGGAGGUGUACACUAGCCAGCCGAUCCGGUUCUACGCCUUCAUCCUGCAGUAUCUCCUCAUCCUCCUACAGCUGAUACUUCACUGUUUCGCCGAGACGACCCACAGCUUCCACGAUUGCGACUAUGAGCCGCCUCAGUGUCCGGAAGUGAAGGCGUCAUUCACCUCCCGUAUCCUGUUCUGGUGGAUGACGAAACUGAUAUUGCUGGGAUUCAGGAAGCCGCUAGAUGCGAGUGACCUAUGGGACUUGCACCCACGUGACCAGUGUCACCGCGUGCUGCCCCAGUUCGAGGCUGUCUGGAAAAAGGAGCAACAGAGAUUAAGUGCGUCAUCCUUGUACAGAUCACGUUCAUCGACCUUCCCGUUCAGCUCCGGUUCUGAGGAGCGAUGCCGGUUACUUUCCCCCGAGGACCAGAACAACAAGCAGCACGUGCCGAACGGGGGUCAACACACCGGACCCUCACUGUCCCGCGUCCUGUUCAAGACUUUCUACCCGGCCCUCCUCAAGUCUUACUGCUGUAAAGCUGUGUCCGAUGUCUUGCAGUUUGUAUCCCCCUUACUACUGAGCGCCCUGAUCGCCCACAUCGAGCUGGGGGCCGCCGACUACCCCUGGAAGGGGUACAUCCUAUCACUGGGGUUGUUUGUGGUCGCCUUCGUCCAGUCCUGCUUCUACCACCAACAGUACCACCAACAGUUCCACUAUCUACAAGAAGCCAAGUGCCUGACCCUGGGGAUGAGAGUCAGAUACAGACAGACCCACAAGAAACGACUGCUGUGUUAA